UCGGAUUAACCUUGUUGCCAGUACAAGAUCCGUUCGAAUGAGUGCUCAAAAGAUGAGUUAACAUGGUCCGUAUAUAAAUCUGUAUAAAUACGCUGAUUGAAUCUUACCACCAAAAAAACAUUGUUGUCCCCCGAUUCACUGCAUCCAUCGAUCUUGGUUGAUAAUUAGACGCGACUUACCUAUAGAUUUUCUAUAGACAUCUAUAAUCAUUGCUAGACGAUGUCCUCGACGCCGUCCCAGCCUCGUCCCAGUCUAGGUGUUCUCCUUGACCCAAACAUGACUCACCUCAACAGUCAGUCCGCCGUAAGCUCGAGGACCAGUAGCGAGGCAUCCUUGCAACGCAUCAAGAACCUGCCUGGUUAUACUACCCCAGUCUUCAAAGGCAAGGAAGAGCAACGUGCCAAAGUGCAAGCCGAUGUCGCUGCCAAGGGAUUUGUCCCUCACGAGCUUGUUGCGAACGAGGUCAACUGGUUCUACUCUCAACUCGGCAUCGAUGACACCUACUUUCAAAAUGAAUCACCCUCUGUUAUAUCAGAUCACAUCAUCGCACUCUUUGGUGCCAAGGUGCUCGCUUACACCAAGCAUGACCUCAAUAAGCUUGUCAUCGACCUCGAGAAGAUCGACGAGAAAGGAAAUGGUGCCACUUUCAUUCACACAAGUUUACCGGGCCUCACUUCUACCGAGGGGCCCGGCGCGACUUGUGAAUCGAGAAUCGACGCUUUAUACCUCGAUAAUUCAACUCCAUCGAACUGUUACCGCCUUGAGACUUUCCGAUCCACUGGAUCUAUAUCAGCAACAGCGUCUCAACAGCUGCGUUGUUACUUCGUUACCAAGUGCAACUUUCCUGCUCCACCUCCCUCAACUCGGACUGAUGGACGUACCGAUAUCCGUACGGUCUCUGACACUGCUUUCCUUGAGAAAGCGAGCCCGCAUACUCUUGAAGUGUACCAGAAAAUAAUCUGGCAGGUCGAGAGCCGCUAUGGUCCUGUCAUGGAAGUAUUCGAAGUUGAAGGUACUCGCGAGAGGCGUCUUGUCAUAGGAUACAAGAUGGGCGGUACUUCUCGAUUCUUUAGCGCACUCUCGAACCUCUAUCACUUUUACCAGCUGUACUCGGCCCGAAAGUAUGUAGAGCAGUUCUCCAACGGGAUCACGAUCAUCUCUCUAUACCUGAACCCGAUGCCCGGCUCCACGGCUGCCCCGAUCGAGCACUCUAUCUUCCAGGUGAUGAAAGAGGCAUCUCUGCUGUACUGUCUUCCCGACAACCCCUUUUUCCUCGAUUCUGUCAACUCUGGGCAUGCUGUGCAAGAGGCGACCUAUGCUUAUUGUGGUUGGGUUUUCGCUCAACACUUCUGCAAUCGCUUGGGUCCUGCAUACCUCCACCUCAAGAAUAUCUUGGACGAAUCGAACCCCGCACAUGCUGAGGUGCUCAAUGAUAUCAAAAGACGUUUCAGAGAGGAAACUUUUACGCGGGAGAGCAUUGCUCAAGUCAUCCACGCACAUUCAGAAAUCAUUCACCUUCUCUAUGUCAACUUCGCCAUGGUACAUUAUCCCGCUGCGGACGAGGCAUCGCAGCUCGGUCCUACUCUCUCCUACCAGCGUCUUCAAACCACGCAGCCCCUGACGGACUCUGAGUUGUAUGAUAAAAUCAGACGUACAGUGUUGAACAAGCAAGAUCUGCAAGUUCUCGAGAGCUUCCUCAUUUUCAACAAGCAUAUUUUGAAGACGAACUUCUACCAACCGACCAAGGUCGCACUGUCCUUCCGCCUCGCACCUGAAUUUUUGCCCGAGGUUGAAUAUCCAAACAAGCCCUUCGGAAUGUUUAUCAUCAUCGGGAAUGAAUUCCGUGGGUUCCACAUCCGUUUCAGAGAUGUUGCCCGAGGCGGUAUUCGUAUCGUCAUGUCGAGGAACAAGGAGAACUACUCGAUCAACCAGAGGAUGUUGUUCGACGAGAACUACGGAUUAGCUGCCACGCAAUCUUUGAAGAACAAGGACAUUCCCGAAGGAGGCGCGAAGGGUACCAUUUUACCUUCUCUUGGAGCACCGCCCAGACGCUGCUUCGAGAAGUACGUUGAUGCUGUCAUUGACCUGCUUAUUCCCGGCCAAAGCCCAGGAAUCAAGGAACGUCUGAUUGACCUAUACGGCAAACCAGAGUUGCUGUUCUUUGGCCCUGAUGAGGGUACAGCAGAUAUGAUGGAUUGGGCAGCGUUGCACGCUCGCGAUCGUGGUGCUGAGACAUGGUGGAAGUCAUUCACUACCGGCAAGAGUGCUCAGCUUCUGGGCGGUAUUCCCCAUGAUACAUAUGGAAUGACGUCGCUAUCCAUUCGCCAAUAUGUACUCGGCAUUUACAAGCAGCUUGGACUGAGGGAGAAGGACAUCACCAAAGUUCAGACUGGUGGUCCUGACGGAGAUCUUGGUUCAAAUGAGAUACUCUUGAGUUCUGACAAGACCAUUGCCAUCAUCGAUGGUAGCGGUGUUCUUGCCGACCCUGCAGGUAUCAAUAGGGAGGAGCUCAUCCGCCUCGCUAAACAUCGUUUGACCGUCGCUCACUUCGACAAGACCAAGUUGAGCAAGGAUGGGUACAUCGUUAAGGUCGAGGAACAGGAUAUCAAGCUACCCUCCGGAGAAAUCGUUUUGGACGGUACCGAUUUCAGGAAUGGUGCUCACCUCCGUUUCAAGGCAGAUCUGUUCGUGCCCUGUGGUGGACGACCUGAAGCUGUGAACGUCUCGAAUGUUGCUGCUUUGUCGGAUACGGAAGGCAAACCCCACUUCAAGUACAUCGUCGAGGGUGCGAAUUUGUUCUUCACUCAGCAGGCGCGGUUGCACUUGGAGAAACGCAAGGUUGUCUUGUUCAAGGACUCCAGCGCGAACAAGGGUGGUGUUACCAGCUCUUCGCUUGAAGUCCUCGUUGGCCUCGCCCUCUCGACCCAGGAAUACCUUGACCUCAUGAUCUUCAAGGACGGCAAGCCGUCAGACUUUUAUGAAAAAUACGUCAAAGAGAUUCAAGCCAAAAUUUCUGAGAACGCCGCAGCAGAGUUCCACUGCAUUUGGCGGGAGCACGCCCGCCUUCAAGGCGCUAAGCCCCGGACGCAGAUCUCGGACGAGCUCUCCAUGAAGCUCAAUAACUUGCAGGCUGAGCUUGAACUCUCUGAUUUGUUUGACGAUGUACCUAGCCGCAGGGGCGUCAUGAAACGCGCUAUACCCACCACUCUUGUAGACCAGGUCGGUCUCGACACCCUGCUGGAGAGGCUUCCCGAAACAUACCAGCGUGCUUUGUUCUCGAGCUGGGUUGCUUCGCAUUACAUCUACAAAUACGGCGUUAAUAGCUCCAGUGUAGACUUUUUCCAUUUUGCUCGGGAUCUCGCACGGUAAUGAUUGUUUCGGGACUUUGGGGUCACUACGUACUGUACAUAAGGAGACAACGAUAAUGGAUCCUAUACCAGAUCGGGAUCGAUAAGAAAGCCUUCUCUUGCCUAGUAGCGUUUUCAAUACGAUGGAUUAUAAUAUUGUACCCAAUGGGACGAGACGUUGUAUAUAUAUUUCUGGACGAUGCCACGUAGACUCCACCUUUGUUACUUUGCUAUCUUAAAAAGGUCUACAGGUCAGAAAAUCGAUUGAUCAUCCAAUUGGAGACAACUGUAAUUGCUACAGAGCGCCCGGGGAACAUUGAAUUUUCUCCGAUAAGUCCUUCUCCAUAUCGAUAUCCUCUUGUUGGACGAUGGCAUCACAGAUCUACCCGCGAUAAGUAACCU